GACAACGCCUAGAGUCUGAAAUUGCGGCGUAACGUGGCCAGUUUAUAUUUCGAUCUUGCCUUGAAAGCAUCGACGAUAUAACUACUGAUUCAAAAUGCGUGAGUGUAUCUCUGUUCAUGUUGGCCAAGCUGGCGUCCAGAUUGGUAACGCCUGCUGGGAGCUUUAUUGCCUGGAACAUGGCAUCCAGCCUGAUGGUCAGAUGCCUUCUGACAAAACCAUCGGUGGAGGUGAUGACAGCUUCAACACUUUCUUCUCCGAGACCGGUGCCGGCAAGCACGUCCCACGUGCGGUGUUCGUCGAUCUGGAACCCACUGUAGUCGAUGAAGUUCGCACCGGUACAUACCGUCAACUCUUCCACCCGGAACAACUUAUCACCGGCAAGGAAGACGCAGCUAAUAACUACGCUCGCGGUCAUUAUACCAUUGGCAAAGAGAUCGUCGAUUUGGUGCUGGACCGCACUCGCAAACUGGCUGAUCAAUGCUCUGGUCUGCAAGGAUUUUUGAUUUUCCAUUCCUUUGGCGGUGGUACUGGCUCCGGUUUCACUUCUUUGUUGAUGGAACGUUUGUCUGUUGACUAUGGCAAGAAGUCCAAACUGGAAUUCGCCAUCUACCCCGCCCCUCAGGUUUCUACUGCUGUUGUUGAACCUUACAAUUCUAUCCUGACAACUCAUACUACUUUGGAGCAUUCUGACUGCGCGUUUAUGGUUGACAACGAGGCCAUCUACGACAUCUGCCGCAGGAAUUUGGACAUUGAACGCCCGACCUACACCAACUUGAACAGGUUGAUUGGUCAAAUUGUUUCUUCAAUCACGGCUUCUCUUCGAUUCGACGGUGCUCUUAACGUGGAUCUUACUGAGUUCCAAACCAACUUGGUGCCAUACCCACGUAUUCACUUCCCGUUGGUCACCUACGCACCGGUGAUCUCCGCCGAGAAGGCUUAUCAUGAGCAGCUGUCUGUGAGUGAGAUCACCAACUCAUGUUUCGAGCCGGCCAAUCAGAUGGUCAAAUGCGACCCACGACAUGGCAAAUACAUGGCUUGCUGCAUGCUGUACAGAGGAGAUGUUGUGCCCAAGGACGUCAACGCCGCUAUUCAGGCAAUUAAGACCAAGCGUAGCAUUCAGUUCGUAGACUGGUGCCCGACUGGUUUCAAGGUUGGCAUCAACUACCAGCCACCAACCGUUGUUCCCGGUGGUGAUUUGGCAAAGGUGCAGAGGGCCGUGUGCAUGUUGUCCAACACCACUGCUAUUGCCGAAGCCUGGGCUAGGUUGGAUCAUAAGUUUGAUCUGAUGUACGCCAAGAGAGCCUUCGUCCACUGGUAUGUUGGUGAAGGUAUGGAAGAGGGUGAAUUCUCUGAAGCCAGAGAAGAUUUGGCCGCUCUCGAGAAGGACUACGAAGAAGUUGGCAUGGACUCCAACGAUGGCGAGGGAGAGGGCGCCGACGAGUAUUAAAUAUUCUCGUCAUAUUUGAACUUGUGGCUGUUGCAUUCAUUUUCGUACAAUGUUUUUAUUAUUAACUGAGUAUAAAUAUUUUAUCUAUAUUUAUUUAUUAAUGUAUACAUCGGAGAUGAUUGCAAAAGUGAUACAAAUGAAAAUAAACACAAUGUCUGACUAAA